CGCGACGCGACGCGAGCGAUGUUGACGGCCUAAAUCCAAGGCUCAGGCCAGAGCAGGGCACGGACACUUCUUACCACAAUAGUACGGUAUCAGUGCAUGCAAUUUGUGCUGUAAAAACCGCUGUCAACAUUUCAUUGAUCGGUCAGCGGUUGAUGGUCUGAAUGUUACCGCAAUAGAGAGAAUUCGGACCGACUCUGAAGGUAUCCAAUAGAGGAGAGAUGCCUAACCUGGAGAGCAGCUGGCCUGACUGGAAGUACCCGGAGUGGAGGGAGAAGGGAGGACAGUUGACGGCAGAUGGAUGGCUCGAGGGCCGGAGGGAAGUGGAUGGAGCCGAGGGGCUGUGGAGAGUUCAUGAUGGUCUGUACGAGUUGUCUUCUUGGGUCCACUCCCACCCCGGUGGCUCCCAGUGGCUUGAAAUCACUAAGGGGACUGAUAUAACUGAAGCAUUUGAAGCUCACCAUAUUGGACCUCUGGCCUCAAAAAUGCUGGAGAACUUUUAUGUCAGACCUGCAAAAACCCCAAGGAAUUCAGCUUUUACUUUCCAUCCUGAUGGUUUUUAUCGGACCCUGAAGUCCAGAGUUUAUGAGAAACUUAAAGGAGUUAGACCCGGACCUAGUGAACAUUCCAAGAGGCUGUUAGAAACACUGGCCAUAGGAACUUUGAUGUUUUCCGUGUUGGCAGCAGUGUACCACAGUUACUUGCUAGGGGCAGUGGCAGGCCAUUUGUCUAAUGACACAAAGGGGGAAGCCCCUCAGCUCCAUCCACUUCCCCCCGGGCCCUCAAGCCAUCUGUCUGCUGUCAACUGUCCCCCUUCUCCCUCCACUCCGGGUACUUCCAGUCAGCCAGCUGCUCUCCAGAUUCUGAACCAUUUGUUUUAUGAUUACAGACAAUGGCGUAUAACCCACGCACUUAGCCAUCACCUGUUCCCCAACACUCACUAUGACUUGGAGAUCUCCUCGUUUGAACCUCUGAUGAUGUUCCUGCCCAGCCCUGAAAAAACCAAACUAUUUGGUAUCACGUCAGCAGUUGUUUCACCUCUACUCUAUCCAUUUUUCUGCACAUUUACUAACAAAGCACUGUGCUUGCAUUCCAGAAUCCUGAAGACUAAAUUCCACAGCCAGGACCUGAUUAGCCUGGUGCUACCCACUGCGAUGCUACUUGUAGGUCGUGUGCCGGUUUCUAGAGUCAUCUUGAUGUGGACAUACAUCAAUAUGAUUAGCAGCUUCUGGUUUGGUGUCAUCGGACUCAAUGCUGCCCACCACCAUCCUGAGAUAUUCCACUAUGGAGAUAAGCCCAGGGAGGACAGAGAUUGGGGUCUCCACACCUUGGACGCCACACGAGACAGGGUCGAAGUGAUGGGGUCACCUAAUCUCGUCCUGGUGACCUACGGAGAUCACUCACUCCACCAUUUGUUCCCCACAAUCGAUCAUGUGCACCUCAGCUCUCUCUAUCCCAUCAUGGAGCAGACCUGCAGAGAGUUCGGGUACAACUUCAAGCUAAAGACAACUUGGGAUCUGGUCACCGCCCAGUUCCGCCAACUCAUGAGGAAUGAACCGAACCUCAAGGACCAGAACCAAUAAAAUAGUAGUGGUCGAACUCAUUGUAGAUAUAGAAGUUUGUUAUGUUUGCAAUAAACAAAUCUUUAACACUGUUGUA